AUUGUUGAGAGUUCCCGCGAGUACGACAUUUCUCCUGGCCGGCAUUCGCGGCAAUGGCCGCCCUCAGGACCCCUUCCGGAGGAAGACCCCUCGCGCGACGGUUUUGGGCAUUUGCACUGGCGGUGGCUUGUGUUGGCCAGGCAGUCUUUGUAGGCCUCUUUGGCCGCCCAAAGCGCGCAGGUGAAGCUCGCCUCCGAUGGACGCCCAUCUUUGCUGGAAAGGCGCCGGAGAUCCGCCCGGAGCCGGACUUUGGGGCCGACUUCGCCAAGGCCUUGAAGGAAGGUCUUGGGCUCAAUGAGGCUUAUGAGCAACAGGAGCUGAGUGCUGCUCAGCGAGUGACACCCAUCGAUCGAUUGUUUGGCUGGGAUCGCGGGAUUAUUGCAUCGCGCGAUGAGUUAGAUCCUUUCAUGGAUUCCAUGGCGGAAACGAACUACGUGACGGUGUCGCUGGACAAACCCAUGGGUUUAGACUUCGUGGAGAACUCGGAUGAGGAGGGCAAUGGUGUCAUGAUCGACAAGGUGGCAGCCAGCUCCCACGCUGACGCCACCGGCCUUCUCAGGGCGGGCUACCAUUUGAUCUUCGUGAAUGGGAAGCCUGUGCAUGGCCUCUCCUUUGAUGAGGCCAUCGAGCCCAUUGUGGAGGCUGAAGGAAAAGUCCAGUUGACCUUCUUCACUGGAGAGGCCGAGUACUUCUACGGCGAGUGGAAGCCUGAAGAGGAUUGGCUGGAGCAGUUCCGGCAGAAGAUCAUGUCCGGAUCGGCGCCGGAGGAUGAAGAGCAGUAGGCCGGAGGAUCAGAGACUACGCCCACCGCCGGCCAUCGCAA